GUGGAGACACUAGCUGUGUAGCUCGUUACGUCAGCCCGUUUCUGUAAAAACCUUCUGGAUAUUAAAGACAUUUAUGACGUCACACUGAUGAGUCACAUAUCCAGAAAAGACACGUGUUAAUGUGUUCGAGUUAUCGAUCAAAGUGUCUCAUCAUGUUUCAUCCUGGAUCACAGAUCUCCUAAGGGAUUUUUGGGGAUCCGCAUGAAAUCAAGCCAAAGCCUCGUUGAACUUUACGUUGUCUUCAGGUGUUGAUCUCGUGUCAUCGCACAGAGCAGACCGUGCGCUUGUCCCCAAGAUGUCAGUCGAAACAGAGUGAAUUGAGGCCUGUGUCGUGGAGACUGAGGCAAUGAGGAAUGCUGGGAGCUCACAGUCCUCACACAGAAGAGACGCUGGAGUCUGGCACCAAACAAGAAGUCUUCUCUACAAGAACCUGCUCAUCAAAUGGAGGACGAAACAGCAGACUCUUCAGGAGUUGCUGUUGCCUCUGCUGCUGCUGGGUGUCCUGAUACUCAUCAGUAUCAUCAACCCACAUCUUUACUACGAAGGCUUCAACGCGAUGGAGCUGGAGCCCAACGACCACACACUCAAAGUCCUGGGCUACACACCCAUCACUAACAUCACCAGCCACAUCAUGGAGGUCGUGGCUCAGGAGAUGGUCAUGCAGCAAAGCCUGGAGAUGUUUGCUAGUGAGGAAGCCCUGGAGAACGCCAGCCUGUUUGAGCCGUCCGGCUUUGUUGGUGUUGUGUUCACUGACAGCUCUGCCCUGUCUUACAGGCUGCGCUUUCCGGACGGCGAUCUGCCGCUGCCCAGCGAUUACAUUGGAUCUCGUGCCAGCUGUUUAAGUGGCUCGGGGAACUGCAAAGCAGUUAAUUACUGGUACUCUGGCUUCAUCCGCCUCCAGACUCUGAUCGAUGCAGCCAUCAUCCAGAUGCAGACGAAGCGCUCGGUGUGGAAUGAGAUGGACCUGAAGGUGGUCAUGAUGGGUCAGCCCGGUUCUGUGGAGGUGCAGAAAUUCCCACACACUCUCAUCUCCAUUUACCUGGUCCUGGCCUUCACGCCCUUCGUCACCUUCCUCAUCGCCAACGUGGCAGCAGAGAAGGAGCACCGCCUCAAAGACGCCAUGAGCAUGAUGGGACUCUACGCCUCCGCCUUCUGGAUGUCAUGGUUCCUCCUUUACGCCGCUCUGGUGACCAUAAUGUCCGUCCUGAUGUCCGUCAUCUCGACGUACACGCCACUUUUCCCCUACAGUGACUCGGUUGUCAUUUUCCUCCUCAUCUUUCUUUAUGGGAUAUCUUCUAUCUUUUUCUCCUUCAUGCUGACUCCGUUGUUUAAGAAGCCUAAGUUUGCGAGCACAGUGGGCUCCAUGCUGACCGUGGUGUUUGGCUGCCUGUCGCUCUUCACCGUGCUCAUAAAGGACUUCCCUCAGCCGCUGGUCUGGGUCCUCUGCCUGCUCUCCCCCAGUGCCUUCUCCAUCGGGAUUGCACAGGUGGUGUAUCUGGAGGCUCAUGGAAACGGUGCUGUGUUUUCUUCUGUGACGUACGGGCCUCACCCUCUGUACGUGCCUCUGGUCAUGCUGGUCGUGGACUGCUUGCUCUACCUUCUGCUGGCUGUUUACCUGGACCAGGUGCUGCCCGGCGAGUAUGGAAUGAGGAGGUCUUUGGUUUACUUCCUGAAACCGUCUUAUUGGUGCAAGCACACAAAGCGCUACGUCGAAGUGAGCUCGGUGUACAACGCGGCGAUGAACGGCGCCACCGCCAGCGAGGGGUUUGUCGAGCCUGUGUCGCCAGAGUUCAGAGGGAAGGAAGCGAUCCGCAUCCAGGACGUUCAUAAAGUGUUUAAAGAGAAGGACGGCCCGGUGGACGCUCUGCGAGGUUUGUCCUUUGACAUCUACGAGGGCCACAUCACGGCUCUGCUGGGACACAACGGCGCAGGAAAGUCCACGCUCAUAAACAUCCUGUGCGGCAUCUGUCCGCCGUCCAGCGGCUCCGCCUCCAUGUACGGCCUGCCUGUAGCAGAGAUGGCCGACGACGGCGACAUGAAGGAGCUGGUUGGAAUCUGUCCACAGUUCAACAUCAUCUUUGACGUGCUGACGGUGGAGGAGCACCUGAGGAUGUUCGCUGCCAUCAAAGGAAUCCACCCAGCAGAUGUGGACGCUGAGGUCACCAAAGUGCUGAAGGACCUGGACUUGGAGAAGAUCAUGAGCGCUCAGGCCAAGAAUCUGAGUGGAGGCCAGAAGAGGAAGCUGUCGGUGGGCGUGGCCAUUCUAGGAGAUCCCAAGGUGCUGCUGCUGGACGAGCCCACGGCCGGCAUGGACCUGUGCUCCAGACACCAGGUGUGGUCGCUGCUGAAGAGCCGCCGAGCCGGCAAAGUCACCGUGCUGAGCACGCACUACAUGGAUGAGGCGGACAUCCUCGCCGACCGUAAAGCUGUGAUCUCUCAGGGAAUGCUGAAAUGUGUCGGCUCGUCCAUGUACCUGAAGACCAAGUGUGGCGUCGGAUAUCACCUCAGAAUGUCCGUGAGUGAGACGUGUGACCCUGGAAAGAUCUUGUCCGUGGUCAAGCAGCAGAUUCCCAAGGCAGAGCUGUCUCAGCAGCAUGAAGCCGAGCUGACCUUCACACUUCCCUUUGAGAGUGUGGGCACAUUUCCAGGCUUGUUCUCUGAACUCGAUCAACGCAGUCUGGGAAUUAUCAACUAUGGGGUUUCCAUGACGACACUGGAGGACGUCUUUCUACGUUUGGAGGCAGAAGCUGAAGUGGAUGAAGCUGAUUACAGUGUGUUUAACAGUGAGCAGGCGGAGGGUGAAUGUGACGACACGUCUCUUGAAGACAUGUACCAGGGGCUGCUCACGUUCACGUUUAAGUCGGAGCUGGUGUCGGGUCAGACUCUUUGGAGGCAGCAGUUCAGCACCGUGGCCUGGCUGCAUGUGCUCAACAUGCACAGAGAGAGGAAAGCCUUUGUCUACACACUGGCCUUCUUCCUGGUGUGUGUUCUCGCCGUCCUCAUCGUGGCACUGAUCACAGGGAACUCCCUCUUUCACUCCCCAGAAUUUCAGUUCCUUCCCAUUUACCUCGUGAAAAGGAGCGAAGCUCCUCGGAGAUAUUCCACCACCCUCCUGGUCCAGAACUCCACAGACUCUGAUAUUUCGGACUUCAUCCACAACCUGGAGGCUCAGGACAUCAAAGUUGAGCUGAUGAAACACAGCGACUACAUGAGUGCAGCUCCACACAGCGCCGCCUUCAACGUGACGGGAUCCAACAAGGGCUUCAGGUACGACGUGGCAUUCAACAGCACCGCCGUGCACUCUCUGCCCAUGGCCGUCAAUAUUCUGAGCAACGCUCUUCUACGAGGCCUGAACGGGACCGGACCCAUCAGAACAUGGAGCAAACCCUUUGAUAAUCAGGACAAAGCAGCGUUGUACGCUCUGGUGUACAUGGAGGUGCUGAUCGUGGGAGUGCUGGCGGCCGGAACGCCAGCGUAUUUUGCGAUGGACCACAUUCGAGACCGCGAGAUCAAGUGUCGCUCCACACUGCGCAUCUCCGGCCUGCUGCCGUCGGCGUACUGGUGUGGCCAGGCGGUGGUGGACGUCCCCUUCUUCUACCUCAUCCUGUCCCUCAUGGUUGCCAUCAUCUUCUCCCUCCACCCUGAGUACCUGGUCACCACCAGAAACAUCACGGCCGUGGCCCUGUGUGUCGGCGGCUUCAGUCCCGCCGUGAUCCUCUUCACUUACGUGUUUUCCUUUGUUUUUUCUCGUGUCCAGAGCAACAGGGACUUCUUCUCUGUUAUCUCCAUCAUGGUGUGCGUCGUAUCGGCCUCACUGGUUCAGCUGUCGUAUGUGAACGACAACCUGGAGCUGACCAGGAACCUGCACAACAUCCUGUGUUUCCUCAACCCCGUGUAUUCUCUCAUGGGCUGCCUCAACUGCAUCACCAAGGCGUCCUUCCUCCCAUAUCUCUACACAGAAUACGCCUUAUUGAAGAGCCUGCUCAUUGCUGUUGUAGCCCCCUAUGUACAGAUAAUCCUGCUCCUAUUCCUGCUUCGAUGGCUGGAGAUCCGUCAUGGAAGGAGGACCAGGAAAAGCAAUAGUUGCUGCAGGAAGUCCAAGUCCAAAGAAGAGGUUCUGACCGAGGACGAGGACAUUCAGAUGGAGAGAGUCCGAGUGAAAGAGGCUCUGUCCUGCCAGUCAUGUGACGAGAAACCUGCCGUGGUGGUGAGUAACCUGGGGAAACGCUACAAAGGCAAAAGAGAGGGUUUCUGUCUCACCAAGACAAGGAAAGAGGCCGUGAACAACGUCUCCUUCUGUGUACGCAAAGGUGAGGUUCUAGGACUGUUGGGCCCCAACGGAGCAGGAAAGAGCACCAUCAUGCAAAUUCUGUCUGGUGACACCGACCCCACCUCUGGCCAGGUACUGAUGGGAGACUACAGUGCAGAGCUCGACGUCGCGGAUUAUCAUCUGGAGCAGGUGGGCUACUGUCCUCAGACGAACCCUCUGUGGCCCAGGAUCACGCUGCAGGAACAUCUGCAGAUCUACGCUGCCAUCAAAGGCCUGAGGGGAAAAGAAGUGCCAGACAUCAUCAGCCGUGUGGUGACCGCCCUGGAGUUGAAGGAUCAUCUGAACAAACUGGCGAAGACUCUGUCAGGAGGAGUGAAGAGGAAGUUGUGUUUCGCCCUGAGUAUGAUCGGAAGUCCUCACACGGUUCUGCUGGACGAGCCGUCGUCUGGGAUGGAUCCAAAGUCCAAACAGCGCAUGUGGAGAGCGAUGCGAGCGGCGUUCAGGAAAGGCCAGCGCAGCGCCAUCCUCACCACACACUACAUGGAGGAGGCGGAGGCGGUGUGCGACCGCGUGGCCAUCAUGGUGUGCGGUCAGCUGCGCUGCAUCGGCUCCGUCCAGCACCUGAAGGGCAAGUACGGCCGCGGCUACAGUCUGGAGGUCAAGCUCCGGGACCAUGUGACGGGCUUCCUGCAGGAGGAGCCGCUGCACCAGCACAUCCUGAGGAUCUUCCCUCACGCUGCCCGACAGGACAGCUUUACUUCUCUGAUGGUUUAUAAAAUACCCAUGGACGACGUGAAGUCUCUGUCCAAGGCUUUCACUGAGUUAGAGGGCGCUAAACAAACCUUUAACUUUGAAGAAUACAACUUCUCUCAGCUGACGUUUGAGCAGGUUUUCCUGGAGUUUGCGAAGGAGCAGGAGAAGGAGGAGGAGGAGGGUGGCUCCCUCAGCACCACCUUCCAGUGGCAGCGUCUUAGUCCGGACGCCACCAGCCAGUCGGCCAAUCACGACGACAGCGCCGUGCACCAACUUUGAGCUCCGCCCUCUGGUGACACACACACACACACACACAGUGAGUCAGCGUCUCUGUUUGUGUGUGUGUGGGCUGGGGCACUGCAGCGCCUCCCUCCUGUGGCUCUGAGGUUUGCAUGUGUGUGACAGUCUGUUACCACGGUGACGGGACACUCUAAUGCUGUUUUUAAUGUUCACACGAAGCGAACGUGACAAAUAUAAUCAUGUUUUUAACGUAAAGAUCGCUUCUGCCUGCCUGACGGGGGCGCUACACUCUGUAUAUAUGUGUACAUAUCAUUUGUCUGUUUGUCAAACUUGUUUUUUAAAAAAGAAAUGGGAUUAAUCCACAGGUGUCUACUCUCUCACUCACACACACACACACUCAAACAUUAUUGUGGAAUGUGUGUCGGAUUAUUUUUGGUCAUUGUGGACAAACACUGGGAUAUGGAUGCGACCUUUGACCUUUACUCUCCAGAACAUGUAGCACACUUUAACCAGGCUGAUGACCUCAGGUGCAGGGAGGCGGGGCUUGUUAUGGAGCUUUUAUUUUGAAGGUUGAGCCUCGUCGCUGCUGUGUUGUGUUUGUGUUCAUAUUUGUGACUUUGUUUUAUGUGUUAUGUGAGUAUUUUCACACGUUCACCGCAGACGUCGCAGUAAACUUCACACGUGUGGAGGAAACUUUGUUUAAAGCUUUUUGUUUAUUUAUCAUUGUCUGUUAACCUGGGUUCAUGCUGCCCACGUAGCUCCGCCCCCUCUACGCUCUCAUAUGAGGAGGUGUAGAAUCAAAAUGGUGUGUCUUCACUGGGGAAGGAUCCAGACCAUCCACUGAUUCACCUCUGACCUCUGACCUCUGGACCUGCUCCCAGAAGUGGAUUCUUUUUUCUAAAUGGACUAAAGUGAACUGGACUGGUGUUUUUGAUUUGUCUUUAGUUUGGGUCAACACACACACACACACACACACACAUAUAUAUAUAUAUUAAUUUGCUCUUUGAUAUGUGUUACAUUGUUUACACCUGUGUGUGUGUGUUCCUGUUUUGUUUUAAAUUUGACCGUAAACGAGCUUUGCUGUGGUCAAAAAUGUGACAUUGUGUGUUUUUAUUUAUGAAACGUUUGUGUGCGACAUCCGUGUGAAGCGUGUGAGUUUGUCACGUUCCCCAAAAAAUAAUAACAUUAAUAAUGAAAUAACGUGGUUUUUUUGCACAUUUUUUCCCCCACACUUCCAAAAUAAAAGCAUCAGUUGAAAACACUUCACACAUGGAGGACGACGUCAGCGACUGGUGCCGCUUUCCUUUUUUGUUCUUUUGUUCUUGGACAGUUGUAUUAUGGUCUGUGCACUGCUUUGAUUCUUGGAAUACUGUGUGUUUUCCCUCCUGUCACUGAGCUGUGUGACUGUGACGUCCUCAUGAAUAAAUGUUCCUCCAAAAAUAA